GCAAGGAAGCAUGCAGAAACAGCGAGGCAAGGAAAGCAGGCCAGGAAACAGCAGCUAAGGAACAGCCAAGAACAGCAGGCAAGGGAAGCAGACAGAACAGCAGGGUAAAGGAAGCAGCAAGGAACAGGCCCAAGAACAGCACGGCAAGGAAGCAGGCAGGAACAGUAGGCAACGGAGGAAGGAAGCAGGGCAGAAAGCAAGCAAGGAAGCAGGACAAGGACGGCAGGCAGAACAGCAAGGCAAGGAGGGCAAGGCAGAAACAAGCAGGCAAGGAAGCAGGCAGAACAGCAGGCAAGGAAGCAGGCAGAACAGCAGGCAAGGAAGCAGGCAGAACAGCCAAAAGGCAGGCAAGGAGCCAGAACAGCAGGCAAGGAAGCAGGCAGAACAGCAGCAGCCAAGGAAGCAGGCAGAACAGCAGAGGUAAGGAAGCAGGCAACAGGAACAAGCAGGCAAGGAAGCAGGCAGAACAGCAGGCAAGGAAGCAGGCAGGCAGAACAGCAGGCAAGGCAGCAGGCAGAACAGCAGGCAAGGAGCAAGCAAGCCAGAAACAGCAGGCAAGCAGAGGCAGGCAAGGAAGCAGGCAGAACAGGCAGGCAAGGAGCAGGCGGCAGAACAGCAGGCAAGAGUCAAAGCAGGCAGAACAGCAGGCAAGGAAGCAAGGCAGGCAAGGAGAAGCAGGCCCAGAACAGGCAGCAGGGCAGAACAGCAGGCAAGGAAGCAGGCAGAACAGCAGGGUAAGCGGAAGCAAGCAGACAGCAGGCAGAACAGCAGGCAAGGAAGCAGGCAGAAAGCAGGCAAGGGAGCAACAGGCAGAACAGCAGGCCAAGGAAGCAGGCAGAACAGCAGGCAGACAGCAGGCAGGAGGCAGCAGAACAGCAGGCAAGGAGCAGGCAGAACAGCAGGCAAGGAAGCAGGCAAACAGCAGCAAGAAGCAGGCAGAACAGCAGCAAGAAGCAGGCAGAAACAGCAGGAAGGCAGGAAAGCAAAGCAAGGCAGCAGAAAGAACAGCAGGCAAGGAAGCAGGCAGAACAGCAGGCAAGGAAGCAGGCAGAACAGCAGGAGUCAAGCAGGCAGAACAGCAGGAAAGGAAGCAAGCAGAACAGCAGGCAAGGAAGCAGGCAGAACAGCAGGCAAGGAGUCAAGCAGGCAGAACAGCAGGCAAGGCAGGCAGGCAGAAAGCAGAACAGCAGGCAAGGGAGCAGGCAGAAGCAGCAGGCAGGAAAGCAGGCAGAAGCAGGCAGAGCAGCAGGCAAGCAGCAGAACAGCAGGCAAGGAAGCAAGCAGAACAGCAGGCAAGGAAGCAGGCAGAACAGCAGGAAGCAGGCAGAACAAAAGGCAGCAGGCAGAACAGGCAGGAAGCAGGCAGAACAGCCAAGGAGUCAAGCAAGGCAGAACAGCAGGCAGCAAGCAGAACAGCAGGCAAGGAAGCAGGCAGAACAGCAGGCAAGGAAGCAGGCAGAGCAGCAGGUAAGGAAGCAGGCAGAACAGCAGGCAAGGAGCAAGCAGGAAGGGACGCAGGCAGAACAGCAGGCAAGGAAGCAAGCAGAACAGCAGGCAAGGAAGCAAGCAGAACAGCAGGAAGAAGCAGGCAGAACAGCAGGCAAGGGAAGCAGCAGAACAGCAGGCAGGAAGCAGGCAGAACAGCAGGCAAAGGAAAGCAGGCAGAGAACAGCAGGCAGAACAGGCAGGCAAGGAAGCAAGCAGGAACAGCAGGCAAGGAAAGGCAGCAGCAGAACAGCAGGCAAGGAAGCAGGCAGAACAGCAGGCAAGGGAAGGCAGGCAGAAGCAGGCAAGGAAGCAGGCAGAACAGUAAGGAAGCAGGCAGAACAGCAGGCAAGGAAGCAGGCAGAACAGCAGCAGGCAAGAAGCAGGCAGAAAGCAAGCAGCAGAACAAGCAAAGGAAGCAGGCAGAACAGCAGGCAAGGAAGCAGGCAGAACAGCAGGCAAGGAAGCAGGCAGAACAGCAGGCAAGGAAGCAGGCAGAACAGCAGGCAAGGAAGCAAGCAGAACAGCAGGCAAGGAAGCAGGUAGAAUAG